AUGGCGGAAUCUUUCCCGCCCUGGGGGGCACCGCCUGUUCCCCCCAACAGAUACUCCAGGACCCUUCCCCGAUGGAUGGAUCCGAGCGAUCUUUACGGGGAGGUCCAAUUUCUUGUUUUGAAACCCGCCAAGGACCACCAAUUGCCGAAAAAUCCCUUCACCAUUUCAAAAUCUAUCGACCAAUCUGUCGGUCGCAUUGAUGGUGCCAGCCCAUUUGACGGAGGAAAAUCAAUUCUUCUGAGAGUCAGAAGCCAACAGCAAUGCGAGAAACUUCUCCAAUUGAGGAAUCUCAUCGACGGAACCCCGAUCACUGUCGAACCUCAUCCUACUAAAAACACCUGUCAGUCUGUCGUCUCGUGUCAAGAUGUUGCCGGACUUUCUGACGCCGAUAUCUGCGAAGCUCUCCAAGACCAAAAGGUUGUCAAGGUUUACCGAUUCACCCGGAAGGACAAUGGUAAAUCAAUCCCUACUAACACCAUGGUGCUCACGUUUAGUGGAACUGUUCCCCCGACCCAUGUAUGGUUUGGUUACCUCCGUGUUUCCACCAGACCAUACUACCCUCGCCCAAUGCAAUGCUUCCAGUGUGGAAGGUUUGGUCACACCAAAGCAAAAUGCCCAAACCCCGCCAUCUGCCAAAACUGUGGCGAAGCUACCAUUCACCCCAGCUGUUCCAACCUCCCACAUUGCAUCAACUGCCUUGGCAAUCAUCAAACUACAGCUCGAACUUGCCCUGCCUACCAGCAGGAACAAAGCAUCGUCCGCAUUCGUGUGGACAUGGGAAUUAGCCAUGCCGAAGCCAGAAAAGAAUUCCGUUCACGUCUCAACACCGCUACCCAGUCCAAUGUUCAACAACGCCUUAUCAACGCCCACUCCACCUCCCACAAUACAGCUAGCAAGAUCCAGGAACUGGAACAACAAAUUGCUGAACUUAUUAAGAAAAACAUCGAACUCCAAGCCCAAAUCUCUCAAAUGGACACCGAAAAGAAAAACACAUGCGACGACUCUGAUUCCACCCUAACCGACGCCAGCAGCGAAGCAUCCAUGGAUACAACCGACAUCUCCCAACAACUCAGCUCAACUCCGAAACGUGGUCGAGGCCAUGAAUCCCCCGACCAGACCUCUCCAGUUAGGAAGAUGAAACCCAAGAAUCCUUCGACCCAAACCAUCCACGUUUUGGCCACGCCCAGGUAUGAUAUCCAACCAAACCCGAACCAUCCUUCUUACACAGCUUUGAACCAUCCAAACCAACGGUAA